UGUCCUUUGCGCUCUGUUUCUCGCUCAGUCGUUCAAAGCCAGUUUGCAAACAUUGUAUAUAUCAGAAACUCGAAGAGGAUGUGAGAAAUUGUUGCCCUGUAUGCAACACCUACUUAGGCUUCUUUCCUGAACAACUUCUAAGGCCUGAUCAUAACUUACGCGACUUGACAGUACAAAUUCUUCCAGUGGAUAAUUAUAUAAGAAGACAUGAUGCUUUGGUAACUUCUCAAGGUAACACCACAGGCCCUAUAAAUAACACUAGGCACAACACACAAGGAGAAAAGGAAUUUGUUCAGGAUUCACGAGCACAUGAAAUCGCUCCUCCAACGAUGAAGAUAAAGCAGAUAACCAACAAUGUUUCUAAGUACUUUUCUGACUGGAAGAAGAAUGACGGGAGGAUUGAAACUUCUAUGACAAGACAUUAUUCAGACAACACUGGAAGAUCAAGAGCCACUGUCCUGGAUAAACCUCAAUGUCCCAUUUGGUUUUGUCUGCUUGCUUGUGAUAACAAGACUAAGUAUGCAUUGCCUCAGAUACCAAAGCCCUACAUCAGGACCAAGAGUCCAAAUCUAGCUGUGUCCUAUGUCAACAGAUACCUGGCAUAUAAGCUGAACCUCAAAUAUGAAUCUGAGGUGGAGAUUCUGUGCUGCGGUCAACCAUUGAUCCCAAACUUGACAUUGAGAAACCUAGUAGACAUUUGGAUGCAAGCUAUGUCUACCAUGGGACCAGUUUACCUUAAAUCAUGUGAUGAUGGACAGAACUUCAUAAUGGAGUUGACAUACAGGAGAAGCAACAAAGUCUAAUCUCUCCAGACACAAGAAGUUAACAUUUGUAGACCACCAGCAUAUAUAUGUACACACACACACACACAAAGAUAUAUAGAACAGGAUUUAUACCUUUUCUGGUUAAGAUUCUUCCAAUUUUGUUUCAAACAGAUAUUUACAACAAUCCAUGUUUAUAAGAAAAAUAAAAUAAAAUUCCCCUGUUGGCUAAUGGUUCUUUAA